AUGAAUAACACUGAUGAAGAAAAAGAAGAGCUCUUUGAGAUUUUAACUUAAGUUAAAGAUGUUGAUGAACAAAUAUACUGUUUGAUAACUUAAAUUUUUAGAAUGGAGAAUAUUUAAGACUGUUUAGGAUUUCUUUCAGAUAAUGGAAAUCAAAGACAUUUUGAAAAAUAUAUCUUAUAAGGUUAGAAUUAAACAUAAAUUGAGAAGGAAAAGAAGUGUUAUAUUGUUAGAAAUAACAUAAUACAAAUUACAGAUGCUAUUAAAAAAAUAAAGGAUCAUCACUUUAAUAAAUAAGACUAUUCCUCUAAAGAAUUUUCGAAAUAGAGACAGUAUCUUAUAAAAAGAAUAAAAGAUUAAAAGUAGAUAAUAGAAUUUCUUAAAUUCUUAAUUCACCUCACAGCCUAAGAUGAUUAAUUAAUACAACUGGGAUCAAAUUCACUGAAUUUAUUAGUAGAAAUGAAGGUUGAUUUGAAAGAAUAAACCUUUGAAAAGAUGAGAAUUAAGAAUACAUCUUUGAUUGGAGCUAAUUUUGCGAGAUGUAAUUUGAGUGAAUCGUAAUUUGAGAAUGUAGACAUAAGUGGUAUGAAUUUGAAUGGAGCAUAACUCUUUAACUGUAAAUGGAGGAAUAUUUAAAUACAUGAGAUAAAUAAAUUAGAUGGUCAUACUUGGUAAGUCAAUUCAGUAUGUUUUUCUCCAGAUGGCUUUACAUUAGCAUCUGGUAGUGAAGAUAUGUCUAUACGUUUAUGGGAUUUUAAGACAGGAUAAGAAAAGGGCAAAUUGAAUGGUCAUACUAAUCAUGUCUAUUCAGUAUGCUUCUCUCCAGAUGGCACUACAUUAGCCUCUUGCAGUAAAGAUAAAUCUAUCCGCUUAUGGGAUGUCAAGACAAAAAAAAAAAAAGCUAAAUUAAAUGGUCAUAGUAAUAGUGUUUGGUCAGUUUGUUUCUCUCCUAAUGGCACAAUACUAGCAUCUUGUAGCAAUGAUAAAUCUAUUCUUUUAUGGGAUGUUAAGUCAGGAUAAUAAUAAACUAAAUUCGAUGGUCAUAGUAGUUGGGUUUAUUCCGUCUGCUUCUCUCCAGAUGGUAAAACAUUAGCCUCUGGUAGUAAAGAUAAAUCUAUCCGUUUAUGGGAUGUUGAGAAAGGAUAAUAAAAUGCCAAAUUAGAUGGCCAUAAUGGAAUUGUCUGCUCAGUAUGCUUUUCUCCAGAUGGUUCUACAUUAGCAUCUGGAAGUGAAGAUAAGUCUAUUCGUUUAUGGGAUGUUAAGACAAGAUAAUAAAAGGCUAAAUUAGAUGGUCAUAGUAAUUGGGUGUUUUCAUUAUGCAUCUCUCCAGAUGGCUCUACAUUAGCCUCUGGUAGUAAAGAUAACUCUAUCCGUUUAUGGGAUACCGAGAAAGGAUAAUCAAAGGGGAAAAUAGAUGGUCAUAGAGGGCCUGUCUAAUCAGUCUGUUUCUCUCCGAAGGGUACUAUAUUAUCAUCUGGUGGUGGUGAUUAGUCUAUCUAUUUAUGGGAUGUUAUGACAGGAUAAUAAAAUGCCAAAUUAGAUGGUCAUAGUGGAACUGUCUGUUCAGUAUGCUUUUCUCCUGAUGGUUCUACAUUAGUAUCUGGUAGUGAAGAUAAGGCUAUCAGCUUUUGGGAUGUUAAGACAGGAUAAAAAAAGGGUAAAAUAGAUGGUCAUAGUGGAACUGUCUCCUCAGUAUGCUUUUCUCCUGAUGGUUCUAUAUUAGCAUCUGGUAGCAGAGAUAAGUCAAUCCGUUUAUGGGAUGUUAAAACUAGAUAAUAAAAUGCCAAAUUAGAUGGUCUUAGUGGAUCUAUCUCCUCAUUAUGCUUUUCUCCUGAUGGUUCUACAUUAGUAUCUGGUAGUGAAGAUAAGGUUAUUAGCUUAUGGGAUGUUAUGACAGGACAAUAAAAUGCCAAAUUACAUGGACAUAGUGGAACCGUCUGUUCAUUAUGUUUUUCUCCUGACGGUUCUACAUUAGCAUCUGGUAGUAGAGAUAAGUCUAUCCGUUUAUGGGAUGCUAAUACAGGAGAAUAAAAGGGCAAGUUAAAUGGUCAUACUCAUUAUAUCUAUUCAAUAUGCUUCACCCCUGAUAGUACUACAUUAGCCUCUUGUAGUUAGGAUAAAUCUAUCCGCUUAUGGGAUGUUAAGACAGGAUAAUAAAUGGCCUAAUUGGAUGGUCAUAGUUGCUCAGUCAAUUCAGUAUGCUUCUCUCCAGAUGGUACUACAUUAACAUCUGGAAGUGAUGAUAAAUCUAUCCGCUUAUGGGAUGUUAAGACAGGAUUAUAAAAGGCCAAAUUGGAUGGUCAUGAUGGUUCGGUCCUAUCAGUAUGCUUUUCUCCUAAUGGUACUACUUUAGCAUCUAGUAGUAUUGAUAAAUCUAUCCGAUUAUGGGAUAUUAAGAAGGAGGAUUAAAUUUUACUUACAGAUAAACGUUAUGAAGAUAUUCUCACAAAAUUUAAGACCACCAUGUUUAAAAAUAAUUAUCUUUCAUAAGGUUUAUUUUUUCCAAUAUUUUUAGUCUCCAAUAUUAUUUCUUCUCUACUUAUAUCCUAAUAGCCCAUAUUUUAAGCAUAAGGUACUCUAAUCUUGAAAGGGGAAUUUUUCAAUAAUUAAGGUAUAGAUUUACGAUAAUUAUUUAAAUCUAAAGGAAGUUGUAUUUUGGAAAUCUAAAUAGAAGUUCCAAAAUAAUCAAAUUAAAAAUACAUAAUAUCAUGA